AUGAGAGGAGCCACUGUGGUUCUACUUGCUCUUCUUACAGGAGCACUGAACCCUUGCUGUAGAGCACCAAGUCUAGGAGAUGCAGAGAGACAUAAUGUGCAUAGAGGUGUCAAUGUUAACAGAGCCUUUACACAUGCAGCAAGUCAUGAAACAAUGGCAUGUAAAGGAUUUUAUUUCAGCUGCUUUGUAGAGAAAUACUCUACAUCUAUGAAAAACUUGAAAGUGAUCACAGUGAAGGUUUUUUCAAUAUGCCCUGUCAUCUGCUUUUGUGAGCUUCUGAAUGAGCAGGAACUGGAUGGGCAGCACAUACAGGAGCCCAACCAAAACACAGAGUGCUUACAUGAGGUUUCCUAUCCAUCUUCAAGCUAUUGUCUUAUGUAUGCCCCACACUUUAAACCUAUGGACAGUUACUUCUUUUAUCUGACUGGUCGGGGAAAUAUUUCAGACAGUUCCCGAACAAAUGGACUUAACAUUAUCUAUGAACUCAAUGUCAAAACUCACGCAAGAAGGAUGAACUGUGUGUGCUUCAUCAAAGUUGAUAUUUUUAUGUCUGAAAAUGAGCAGAUGAAUAUCACAGAGAAACUGUGGAUGAGAACUGGGGCCUGGUUUGUGUCAUCUAACUUUACCAAUGAAAACCCCAAAUUCCAAGGACUGACUAUGUUAUUACAAGGCAUGAAUGUGAUAGCUCUCAUCUGUACCUCUCCACGGCUGACAGAUUGCUGUAGUGUGUCUUGCUCGAUCUGUGUGUGUGCUACUAUGCAUUGCAAGUGUGUACCGUCACUCCAUAGGUCUGUGUGUGUGACCUCCCUUAUGGGGGAAAACAGUGACAGCUGCUUUUCCUGUGCUGAUAUUUUCCAGUUCAUACACAUAUGGACAUAUUCACUGCAGCAACAGAGUAAGUUCAACCACAUGACUAAAAGUUGCUUCAGAUCAGCUAUGUUCUUCUGCAAAGAUCAAAAAGAAAGUCCAGCACAACGUCAGAUUUGCACUCAACUACUGAACAUUGGUCUGUUUCAUCAGUGGAUUAUGAGAGUGCUGCUGAUGAUUGUCUCUAUGUUUUUUGUUGGCCAGAGAGCAGUUCGGAUAUAUAUCAGCUACAAACAAAGACUUACUUGUGUCCACAGAAACCAGAACUCAAAUCUAAGUUUUCUGCUGCUCUUUACAGUGUCAUGGUGCUCUUUAAAUCCACUUACUGUUACUGGGCAAUCAACCGGAUGUUCCUGCAAACUUCACCACACAGCGUUUGGGAUCACUUUUGUCCUCUGUAUCACCUGCGUUGUGGGGAAAACAAUAGUGGUAUUAUUGGCAUUCAAGGUUAUAAGUCCUGGCAGUAAUGUUUAUACGUUUAUAAUUAUCAUAAUUGAUUUUGUGUUUUGGUUUUCCAUACAUUCCUCUUGCUUUAAUAUAAUUAUGAACUGGUACCAAGAUAAAACCCUAGAAUGUUAUGGGCUUUUAGCAGUUGGUUUCUGUUUCAUUUUGCGUUAUUUGCUGCUCACUUUAAUUCUGACAUUUCUUGUAUGUACCACACCAUUUAAAACAACCUGUUAUACAAUACUGAAUGUCCAUGGAGUUAUGCGUUUGAUGACAGGAAUAUCACUUAAAAACAUUUUUAGGCCACCACAUUAAAAAGGUAUAACUGGGCCAGCUUAGAAGGUCAGAGCCAAAUACAAACUUGUAAAUGGUAAAAAUAAUAAUACAUUUUUAUACAAAUAGAAAAUAUGACACUGAUUUCACUAAUUUCUGACAUUGAAAUAUCUAAAUUCCAAUGUAUAAAAAGCUAUCCAACAUUUCUGAGCUAAUUUUAACAUUUUUUUUUGCCAUGGUUUCAAUUUGGUGUUUUUAAAAAUGGCUAAAGCAUUGUCAAUGUGUAAUUUAACCACACAGAAAAAAUUAUGUUCUGCAUUAUAAAAACCUAGACCUGAUCUAAAUAUGAUGAAUUAUAGUAUUAAUUGUAAAGUCAAUAUAAACAUCUGUAUCUGUAUGUAACCGUAAUAGACUAUACUGUUUAAAACAUCCUUUUGUAUGUGAAACAAUGAGACAAUAAAGAGACUCCAAUCCCGAUUAUAUAAAAUAUAAAUAAUAUCUGGUAAC